UCUACAUUCCUGCAGAUCGAAUCUGCCAGAGGAGGCGUGCACGUGGAGAGUCGCUCUUUUUUUUCUUUUACAGUACACCAGCAGGGACACUGUUCACCGACCGGGAGAGACUCACCAUGACUCCUGCACUGAAUUGCACACCCUCUAUGUUGGGUUUUAUUUAUAUUUUUUCGUUGCUCUUCUCCUGUGUAUUGUGCGACGCGGAGGCAGAGGAAGAUGAGCACGCCAAGCACACGUACACGGUGGAGAUGUUCAAUGCGGCGGUGCCCACCGCGCCCCACUUUGUCAUGUUUUACGCCCCAUGGUGCGGCCAUUGCCAGAGAUUACAGCCGGCUUGGAAUGAACUGGCAGACAAAUACAACAACAUGGAUGAGCCUCAGGUGUAUGUGGUGAAAGUGGACUGCGUCCAGGACACCAAGUUCUGCUCCAACGUCCACGGGGUUAGAGGCUACCCUACGCUGAAGUUGUUUAAACCAGACCAGGAGGCGGUUAAGUAUCAGGGGGGCAGAGAUCUGCAGUCUCUGGAGACCUGGAUGCUGAAGACACUCCAGGAUCAGCCUGCGGAACCCGAGAGUGAACAGGAGCCUCCCAAAGCCCCAGAGCCCAAACAGGGCAUGUAUGAGCUCACCGUUCUCAACUUUAAGACUCACGUAGCCAAAGGCGCUCAUUUCAUUAAGUUCUUCGCCCCGUGGUGCGGCCACUGCAAAGCCAUGGCCUCAACCUGGGAACAGCUGGCCACCUCAUUUGAGCACUCUGAUGGUGUCAACAUUGGAAAGGUUGACUGUACACAGCACUAUGAGGUGUGUUCUGACAACGGUGUGCGGGGAUAUCCCACUCUGCUCUUCUUCAAAAACGGGCAGAAGACAGAACAGUACAAAGGAAAAAGAGACUUGGACUCUUUCAAAGACUUUGUGGACAAUCAGCUGAAGGCGGCCAUCGCCGAGGAGCCAGAGCAGGAACCAAGUGACGAACAAAAGGCCAACGAGAUCCCCACCGAUGAGCCGGCCAAGGAGGAGUCCAGCGUGUUGGUUCUGUCGGAGAACAAUUUUGAUGAGGCAGUGGCCAAGGGCUUCACCUUCAUCAAAUUCUAUGCUCCAUGGUGCGGCCACUGUAAGAACCUUGCACCAACAUGGGAGGAUCUUUCCAAGAAGGAGUUUCCUGGCCUCACUGAUGUCAAGAUAGCCAAAGUGGACUGCACUGUUGAGCGCACACUCUGCAACAAGUAUUCUGUACGAGGUUACCCCACGUUGAUCAUCUUCAGGGCAGGGGAGCAGGGUGAUGAGCAUCACGGUGGGCGGGACCUUGAGAGCCUGCACAGCUUCGUGAUGAGGCAGGCGAGAGACGAACUGUAGAAAUGCUCAAGUCAGCGCCCGCACUGCAUAUCUGACCAGUAGGACACCACUCUCUCGCUCUCGUACAGUAGCCAGCUACUCCUUUAUCUCUCUGCACUCGGGUUCUUCUCCGAAAGGAAUUAGCCGAGGGCAGACUGAAGCAGUCUGUUCUUUCUCCAGUGUUCAAGGACAGGGUGAUUCAGUCGAGUGUUUGAGAUGUAAAUGUAUUUCCCAUUGCUGUUACCCAACCUCCACUCUCCUAAGAGUAAAUGGAGAGUACUAUUGUAUUGGUUGGGUCUGCAAAAAAAAAAGUAAUACUGUAUGUCUGACAUCCACUUUGCAAAUCAGAACCAGAGUUCCUCACACAGGUAGUGUUCUUUAAAAGGGUAACGCUGUGGGACAAAUGUUCCAGGUUAAAAUCGAUUGUUUCUGACUUAACUUCUGUAGCCUCUUUUUUUUAUAAAAUAAAAAAUGUUAUACUUGGGAUCUGUUGUUAAAUCGUGAGCCAUUAAUGUUACGGUACUGUCACUCAGAAGGUUGUAAAAGCUUGCGCCACCCAAAUGUGAUUUUGAGUUAAGUUGAGGGAACCUCAUAUCCACGCCAGUUAAUGGCUCGUCUGACUUAACUCUCAGGGAAAACACGCACGCAGGCCAGAGGGAGUUGUGACGGAGGCUUCAUCGUCAUCAAGGGAGUCUGACAUGGCACAGGGACAUGAGAAAAAAAAAUAAAGAUCAGAUUCAUUUUUCAUACUCAUUCGAAUGUAAAGAUCUUAGUCAUACACCCUACGUCAUCUCUGACUGCUGUGAUCUCAGCCACCCCUCUCUGCUCUCCCUGGCAUUCAGCGUCUCAGGCCUCGACCAUGUCGCUCCAUAUCUCUGUUACUGAACAUUCAUUCUCUUGUUAAUUCAGAAAAAACCCAUUAGAUGCAGCAUGGCCAAAAUGUAGAACAAAUGCGUGAAUGUAAAACCUUUUAUAUGUUUUUUUAGGUGUUGUUAACCAGCAGGUGGUGCUGUAGAAGACAGUUUGGUCACUUGGACCAGGUAUUGGGGUUUAAAACACUGUUCCCACGAGUUUGCGAUGUCAUAAGAUGUCAUUGGCACAGCUCUUGUUCACCUGGUCAUCUUUUCUAGGAAACAGACGGUUUUGUGAAAGCUUUUGAGAGCGUGCUUCGGUGGUCAGACAUUUUUAUAAUACUUGCGAUUUUAGCUAGCAUCACAUCACCUCUCUUGCGAUGACUGCUUGAAUUUUUGAACCAGCUGCGUCUUUUGUCUAUAAGAUUUAGUUUUCCUUGUACCAAAUGAUAUUUCUGGAUGUCAUAUUUUCUGUCAGUGGCUGUGAGACCAUCGUCUUCAAGAAUCUCUCUAAAUGGAUGAGCAGGGUUUACCAGUAAAAUGAUGAUGAUAAAACUAAUUAAUUAAAUAAAUCCAAAACAAUCUUUUAUUUGGCUGGUUUUAAUUUCCUUUGCAUUGCUUGGCUAUAUUUUUUUAAAAUCUCCUGUAUACUGUCAUAACCAUCAACCCUCAAAUCCAUCUUGAACGAAGGGUUAAUAAAUUGAACGCACCUUCCUGUGAUUAAUCACGAUUUCGCAAACUGCAUCUACAAGGCCGAGCGCGUUCCAAUGCAAAUGUUCUUUGACCCAGGUUAAGUGAAGAAGCACUGCACAAUGCAGGGAACCAUUUAUUGUCUCAACCAGGUACACAAACAGUCAGACACAGCAGUUCUUUUGUCAGUAAAAGUUUUUAUGGAUAACACAUGGUCUUAAAAAAAAAAAAAAAAACUCCAGUGAAAGUUUUUUUCCUUGUGAGUCAUGGGAUGUUCACUGCCCAUGGAUUUUGUACAAAGAGUAAAUAAUGGCAAGUUGUAACAUGAGAUUUCAUAAUAAAUUUGUUUUCAAAAAUAA